UUCAAGAUGAGUCUCAGCAACAAGGUGGUGAUCGUGACGGGAGCCAGCAGCGGAAUUGGAGCCGCGAUUGCCCAGGUGCUGGCCCGCGAAGGGGCCACCCUGGCGCUGGUGGGUCGCAAUGUGGCCAACCUGGAGGCCACCAAGAAGAACCUGAAGGGCGCCAAGGCGGAAAUCGUGGUGGCCGAUGUGACCAAGGACGCGGAUGCGAUUGUCGAGCAGACGUUGGCCAAGUUCGGGCGCAUUGACGUGCUGGUCAACAACGCCGGCAUCCUGGGCAAGGGUGGCCUCAUCGACCUGGACAUUGCGGAGUUCGACUCGGUGCUGAACACCAACCUGCGUGGCGUUGUCCUCCUGACGAAGGCGGUGCUUCCGCACCUGCUUAAGACCAAGGGAGCCGUGGUCAAUGUGAGCAGCUGCGCCGGCAUUCGUCCGUUCGCCGGAGCCCUCAGCUACGGAGUCUCGAAGGCCGCCCUCGAUCAGUUCACCAAGAUCGUGGCCCUCGAGAUGGCGCCGCAGGGCGUGCGCGUUAACUCGGUCAAUCCCGGCUUCGUCGUGACCAACAUCCACCGCAACAUCGGCAUCGUCGACGAGGAGUACAACGGGGUGCUCCAGCGGGCCAUCAACUCGCACCCCAUGGGCCGUGUGGGCGAAGUCACCGAGGUGGCCGAGGCCGUGGCCUUUUUGGCCAGCUCCAAGGCUAGUUUCACCACCGGCGCCCUCCUCCCCAUCGAUGGCGGCAAGAACAAUCUGACGCCUCGUUAAGCGUGCUGCCCGUAAUUACGUUUCCUCCAUUAUUUUCCCCACUUCUUUUUUUUUGUUGUAAUAAAUAAGUUGUAACCACACUGAAUAA